AUGUGCCACUUUCAGGUCUCCUCACACUGCUGGUGUGUUCCAUUUUUUGUCAUAGGGUGCUGGCAGAUUACGGGCCUCCCAUUGCUGCUGCCAGGCCCGUAAUCUGCCAUGGGCCCCUAGUACCGCCUCCUCAUGCUGCUGCCAGGUCCAGAGUGUGUCAUGGGUCCCUGUACGGCCUCCCAUUGCUGCUGUCUCCAUCGCCACACUCUGCCAUGUGCCACUUUCAGGUCUCCUCACACUGCUGGUGGUUUCCAUUUUUGUCAUAGGGUGCUGUAUGGCCUCCCAUUGCUGCUGCCUCCACCGCCACACUAUGGCUCCACACUCUGGUUUUGGCCCCGUGACUGCCCAAAUGAGUGAAGUGUGCGGUGAUUCUAAGAUCGACGGCACUCAUCUGCAUGUCAUACUG